AUGUUCACCAAGAAGUCCCCUCCAGCCCCGGCCGAGGACGGCGGCAUCGACGUCCGCAGCGAUGGGGUCGGGGCCAAGGAGGGCGGAUCCCCCACCGGCCUCUACGCCGGGGACAGGGAGGCCGGCUACUCGGACGACUACGACGAGCUGGGCGUCGCCUGCCCGCCUCACACGACCGAGAGGAAGCUCAUGGCCCGCAUCGACCUGCGCCUCCUCCCCUUCAUCAGCAUCCUGUACCUGCUCGCCUUCCUGGACCGCGUCAACAUCGCCAACGCCCGCUCCUUCCACCUGGCCGAGGACCUGCACCUCGGCGGCACAGAGUACAACACCGUCCUCGUCAUCUUCUUCGUCCCCUAUGUCUUCUUUGAGAUCCCCUCCAACAUCCUGCUCAAGAAGCUCUCCCCGAGGGUCUGGCUUUCGUUUUGCGGGAUAGCGUUUGGCUUGGUCACCGUAUUCCAGGGCCUGACGCAGAACUACUCCGGAAUUCUCGCCACGAGGUUCUUCUUGGGCAUCUUUGAAUGCGGCAUGUUCCCCGGCUGCUUUUAUCUGCUGGGGAUGUGGUAUAAGAGAAGCGAAGCACAGAAGCGCUUCACCUUUUUCUUUGCCUCGACCAGCCUCGCUGGUGCGUUCGGCGGGUUGUUGGCCUCCGCGAUUGGCAAGAUGGACGGCCUCAGAGGCUACCAUGGCUGGCGCUGGAUCUUCAUCAUCGAGGGCGCCAUCACAGUGCUCGUGUGCAUAGUCUUCCUCUUCACCUUCCCGGCCUUCCCGGAGCAGGCCAAGUGGCUCACCGAGCCGGAGCGCGACUACGUCAAGGCUCGCCUGCAGGCUGAUCUGGGCCACAACGCCGCCGAGCGCAAGGUCACCCUCAGCGACGUGCUCACCGUACUGCGGGACCCCAAGGUCAUCGUCGGCGGUUUCAUGUACUUCGGUCUGAUCGUCCCGGCGUACGGAUAUGCCUACUUCGCGCCGUCAAUCAUUCAGGCCUACGGCUACAGCCCCAUCCAGACGCAGCUGCACAGUGUUCCGCCCUGGGCUGUCGCCUUCGGCUUCAGCAUGCUCGUCGCCUUCGCCUCGGACCUCGCCCGCCACCGGUUCCUCUUCACCGUCAUACCCAUCCUCAUCGCCAUCAGUGGCUUCGCCAUCCUGCUGACAGUCCACGACCGCACCAGCGUCAAGUACGGCGCGCUGUUUCUCGUCGUCAUGGGUACCUAUUCGGCCAUGCCGGUCAUCGUGUGCUGGUUCAACAUGAACCUCGGCGGCCACCACCGCCGCGCCAUCGGUUCCGCGUGGCAGAUCGGGUUCGGCAACAUCGGCGGCAUCAUCUCCACGUACGCCUUCCUCGCCAAGGACGCGCCCUUCUACAAACCGGGUUACAGCAUCUGCAUCGGCUUCAUCUGCCUGAGCUUCGUGAGCUGCUGCGUCUACGCCGCGCUCAUCACGUGGGAGAACCGCAAGAGGGAGAGGACGGUGCGCGCGAACCUGACUGACUAUGAGAAGACGGAGCUGGGCGAUUUGAACCCCGAGUUCAGAUAUAUGCUCUGA